GUCCAGUGAGGGAAGACAUAUUUUGGGCUAUAGGGCGCGUCCUUAGGGUACUCGUCCUAGGGAUGGGAGCAUCCUGGGGGAGGAAGCGUCCUGAGGGGUAGCACGUCCUGGGGGAGCACGACCUGAGGGAGGGCACCUGGGUGGGAGGGAGGCGCAUCCUAAGGGGCGCAGAGCACAUCCUGGGGGAAGGCACCUCCUGGGGGCGGGCUUUUUGCGGCCCCUUCCCCGCCUGGGCUCCGCCCCCGGGCGCCCCUAGCGCCCCCAGCCGGGACUCAGGUGCACCGCGCGCCUCAGCUGGAUGGUGCGCCACACAGCUGGACCGCGCGCCACAGCUGGUCAGCCAUGGAGACAAGAGCGCGGCGGCGCCCGCACGUUUUCCCGCUACUGCUGCUGCUGCUGCUGCUCUGCGGGGAGUGUCCCCCAGUGGGCGGCUGCAAUGAGAAGCGCAUGCUGGCCAUGCUGCCCCACUGCGGCCAGACCUUUGCUGAAAGGAUGAAGAAGGUGGAGGUCUGGAAGUGGUGCAACUUGUCGGAGUUCAUCGUGUACUACGAGAGCUUCACCAACUGCACCGAGGUGGAGACCAACGUGGUGGGCUGCUACUGGCCCAACCCCUUGGCGGAGAGCUUCAUCGCUGGGGUCCACAGGCGGUUCUUCCAAAACUGCUCCGUGGACAGGCAACACUGGCAGGACCCCCCAGACGAAAUUCUCAUCCCGCUCAUCGCAGUGCCCAUCCUGCUGACCAUCGCCAUGACCGGCAUGGUGGUGUGGCGCAGCAAACGCACCGACCAGGUGGUGUGAGGGCCCGGUGAGUCCGAGGGGCCCCGCCUGGAGAAGCGGAAGAAAGUUCUCCAGGGCUGGGAGAGCCGGUGGACACUCUUCGGCUGCCCCCCACCCUGCCUGGGCGGCCUUUGGGCUGGUGAAAGAAAACGUGCUGCGACUGGAGCCUUUGUGCUGGGCACAAGUCACCGCUGCUUCGCCCGCGCUGUCCCAGGCUGGGCGGGGGCCUCGGGGUUCCUAGCACAGAGUCCCGUGGUGCCCCAUCUGCAGCCCCGGCCAGACCCCGCCUCCCAACUGACUCUACCCCUGGCCCCAGCCCAGCCCUGACUCCACCCCUUGGCUCUGACCCCACCUCCAGCCCUGGCCCCACCCCCAGUCCUGGCCCCACCUCCCACUCUGACUCCACCCCCAGCCCUGGCCUCACCCCAGUUCUGACCCCACCCCCAGUCCUGGCCCCACCUCCCACUCUGACUCCACCCCAAGCCCUGGCCCCACCCUGGCACCGCCCUGGAAAGGUGUGCCUAUUCCCACCUGGCUGGGGGUUGGGGGUAAAGAGAUAGUGAGGGGGUUUUUGUAGGUCCUCGCUUCGCAGGCUUUGAGUCCUCUUGGUAGGGAGCCCACCUAGAGAUCUGGAAGACUGAGGGUUGGGUUGGGGGUUCCGAGGAGCCACAGCACAGCCUGAGACCUGCUUUCUGGGGCCACCACCAGGGGCUGGAGCUUCCUAACGGCCCCCCGCUGUGAGCACGGCCUGGGGUGGGGUCCCCUGCGCUGUCGUUCUGGCUGAGCUCUGUCUGCCAUGUCUGUGCUUUCUCUGAGUAAAGAGUCAUGCUGCUUC